UCACUCAGUCUCAGCAAGCUCACUGGCUUCAUCUAAGGGAAUCCAAUGGAUCUAAGAGGGUACUUCAACAGGAUUGGGUUUACUGGCCCAUAUGACAAACCUGACCUGGAUACUUUACGCACCAUCCACAUGCUGCAUGUGAUGAAAAUUCCAUUUGAGAACUUGAGCAUCCACUGCGGAGAGAAGAACACGACAGACCUGAACAUCAUCUAUCAUAAACUGGUGAAAAGCAAUCGGGGAGGCUGGUGUUGUGAAAACAACCUCCUGUUCUCAUGGGUCCUAAAGGAGAUGGGUUACAAAUACACCACACUAGGCUCUAAGGUGUUCAACAAGUUCCAAAAUGAUUUCUAUCCCGUUGACUCUCACCUCAUCAACAUGGUAGAGAUUGAUGGGAAGUUUUACCUUACAGACGUGAGCUAUGGAGUGUCAUGCCAACUGUGGUAUCCUUUAGAGAUGAUCUCGGGUAAAGAUCAGCCACAGCCUCCCGGAGUAUUCCGGCUCCUAAAAGAAGGGGUGAGGUGGACUCUGGAGAAAACGUCAAGAAAGCAAGUGGUCAAAGAUAAGGCCUAUGCUAAUUCCAGCCUCAUUGACAAGCGCCUGACGAAAACAAUGUACAGCUUCCCGUUGACACCUCGUGCUAAAGAGCAUUUUGUGGAUACGCUGGAUUGCCUGCAGACUAGUCCUGAUUCUAGAUUUGUGCUGAAGUCUAUUUGCUCCCUUCAGUUACCUGAAGGCUUCAGAGCUCUGAUCGGGUGGACUUACAGUGAGAUCACCUACAACCCAGAGGACGACUCUGACAUGGUGGAAAUGAAGGAAAUCCCCAAUUGUGACAUAGAGACUGUGCUGAGGGAGAAGUUUAAUGUGGUGUUAGUUAAUAAGCUCACUCCUAAAAACAAUAAAGCUAAUUAUUGCAUGUAAUACUCAACAGAACAGUACAAUUUCACACUUUUAUUAGUUAAUAUUUAAUUUUGAUAGUCCCCCUUGAUGUUAUGUUGACUAUAAGUAAAUUAGCAACUAUGAGUCUACUACCUGUCAUUAGAAUUUUAGUAGACUGAUUAAUAUCUGCCAACAUUUCUUUUGG